AUGUCUGCCCAUCCGCGCACGCUCCACACCCGUCCCACCACACCCCUGCAACACGACCCUUCUGUUGAGCGACCGGAGGUAACCGGCGCGGAGAGUGGACCCGAGUCGCCGUUCCCGGUCUAUCUCGAAGGAUGGGUGACGAGGGGUUUCGGGAGGGGGAGUAAGGACUUGGGCUGUCCGACGGGUGAGUACUAGUCAGAUUUAGUGAGCGGUGGCCGAUUCUUGGAGAGCUAGCCCCGUGGAGACCGAGGACGCCGAGCGAUCUUUGAUCGAAACCGCUCCUUUUAACCCCCGUCCUCAUCUCUCACCCCACACCCACCCCACCCCACUUGACCCCUCAGCGAACCUACCCGAUUCCUCGAUCGAUCCCUACGCCACUACGCUCCAAACAGGUGUCUACUACGGUUACGCGCGCGUACUCGACCCCCCCGACCACCCUCAAAACUCGCUCGAAUUUUCCACCUCCGCCUCCUCCUCCUCCUCGAGUACACCUUGUCCGCACGAUCAAGUAUGGCCCAUGGUCAUGUCGAUAGGGUGGAACCCGUUCUACAAGAACCGAUCCCGAACGGCCGUCAGUCCACUCACUCGAACGAACCUUCCCAUCUAGCGAUCCGAACAGAUCUCUGAUCCAAUCCAUGUGGGGGGCGGGCUUCACUCAUCUCGACCCGUUUCAGGAGGUACACAUCCUACAUGAUUACCCGCACGAUUUUUACGGCAAGGAAUUGCGCGUCGUGAUGCUCGGUUUCAUCAGACCAGAAUACAACUAUUCUUCCAUGGGUACGUUCUCGAACGCUCACCCCCCCCCACCCUUCUCUCCACCCGAAACCGAAACCUUUUUCUCGAAAUUGACCCCCCUCCCCCACCCAACUACUAUGCUCGAUCCUCAGACGCCCUAAUCAAAGACAUCAACACCGACAAAGAAGUCUCUCUACGUUCCGUCUCCCGGCCCGCCUACACCCCCUUCGCUCAAGAUCCUUUCUUCACUCGCGAGAGUCGGCUCGAAGAACCAAAGGAGGAUCCGAAUAAGGUGAGGGAGAAACCGACGAUGGAGGAGCGUGAAAAACUUUAG